CUGUUGCCCGCCCUCUCGCCAACAUUUCCUUGUCCCCCCCUCCCCCAUUUUGUUUUGUUUCGUUUUGUUUUUUUUUGUUUUUUUAAGUGAAAAGAGCACAUCUUACGACGCAGUUUGAAUGGAGGAGGAUUUUUAAACGCAAUUUCACCAUAAAUGUUGAAGCAGCAGCACAGCAGGAAGAAGACCUUCUGCUGUUGUCCGUUCCCAUCGCGAACGCUUUUACGUUGGCUGGCCACGAGUUUCAUCGGUGGAGCGGUCAUCGUCCUCUACCUUUUACCUGCCUACCGCGAUCAACAUCGACUACAGCAACAUCGUCGCCAAGUCGCAUCCAUUGACGGCCUUUCAUCGCUGACUCAAGUGCUACUGCUGCCAGAUCAGGACGGCCAACAACAACAACAAAUCAUUAUUCUCUACUGGACCAAAUAUUUUGACUUGAACGAUUUCGAUGUCGGGACGGGCAGGACGCCUUUUCUGAAAGCCCAAUGCGCUUCCGCCGCUUUUGAUGGCCAGCAGAGCGCGGGCUGCUGUUGUCUGACGACGACCGACCGUGGCUUGUUGAACCGUAGCCAUGCCGUCAUUUUUCACGCCCGCGACCUCGAUCCCGACGACUUACCUCCGCCCGGAUGGAGGCAUCCGCGCCAGACUUUUAUCUUCUUCAAUUACGAAUCACCAGUGCACACUGAUCUGGCCAAGCUGAGACUCUCUUUUAAUAAUUACUUUAACAGAACGAUGACUUACCGGCGUGACUCGGAUAUUGUCAGUCUUCAUCCUUACGGUCGCAUCCAUUGCCGGAACACGGCAUCCAGCAGCCAUUGUUUAGAUUUCCCGCUUUCGUCCGCUGCCAGCAGGAACGGAAGCUACGUUCAGGACACUUCCGAUGUCUCCGUUCCGGUUCGAAUGGAUCUGACGCGAAAGAAACGAACGGCCGCCUGGUUCGUUUCAAAUUGUGUGACAGACAGCCGUCGUGAAUCGCUGGUCCACAACCUGUCGCUUUUCAUUCCAGUCGACAUUUACGGAGACUGUCACGGAGGACGUCCGUGCCGGAAUCGACCCGAAUGUGACCGCAUGCUCAGUCGCUAUUAUCGAUUCUAUCUCAGUUUUGAGAACUCUUUGUGUCCGGAUUAUGUUACGGAGAAACUGUAUCGAGCUCUAGCACAUGACACGGUGCCAAUAGUUUUUGGCGGAGCUGACUAUUCCCUUUACCUUCCAGCUGGAUCGUAUGUGGACGCCAGGGAUUUCGAUAGCCCGCAGAGUCUGGCCGAGCAUCUCAAGAAACUGAUGGUCGACGACCAACUUUAUUUGAGCCACUUUACUUGGAGGAGGCAUUACGUAGUGAACCCAGCGCCUUUGGAUGGAUGGUGUCAGUUGUGCAGAUUGCUGAGCGAUCCCAACAAAAGGCCCAAGACUUAUCCUGACAUUGCCGCUUGGUGGGCUGGACGGAGUAGCAAUCAAUCCUGUUUUCCACCUCCAGUAUCGCUCGUUUCGCUGGAGCCGACGUAUGAACCCACCAGAGACUCCUAUUCAGCAGACUACGUCCGUAAACUAGUCAACAAACUACGAGAGAUUGUCGUCUAGGGGACGGAGAUGCUAUCACAGAUCAUUUCCCGAAAAUACAUAUACUUUUGUGAAAAUUUCAAUACAAAUUGUGCAUAACGUUAUUUAUGGAUUAUAUUUUUCGGUUUUUCUGUGUUGUAUACUCU